AUGGAUCGAUCUCAAAUUCUCCUUAUAGGCUUACCAAUCUUUCUGUUUUGCUCAGACAUUCUAAAUCUCUUCACAUCACCACCACCACCUCCAAAACCAACUCAAAAUGAUCACCACAACAUCCAUCAAUUCCAAGCAAAACCCCAACAAAUUCUCCAAAAACAGCCACUUCAAUUUCCAACACGGAAACCAAGCACCGCCAUUGGUGGAUCAGGCAAUGCGGGGUUUGGUAGCAUUAUUAACAUUAACUUUUGUGUUUCUUGUUCUUUCAGAGGAACUGCAGUGACUAUGAAAAAUAUGUUGGAAUCGGAAUUUCCUGGGAUACAGGUUAUUUUGGCAAACCAUCCUGCUCCACUUCCGAAGCGCCUACUCAGCAAAGUCGUUCCUGUUGUUCAGUUUGGAAUACUUGGGAUAAUAAUGGCAGGCGAACAAAUUUUUCCAAGGUUGGGAUUUGCAGCUCCACCUCCAUGGUACUACUCCUUACGUGCAAAUAGAUUUGGAAGUAUCGCUAGCACUUGGCUCUUUGGAAACUUCGUUCAAUCAUUCCUUCAUAGUUCUGGUGCUUUUGAAGUAUAUUGCAACGGUGAAUUGGUUUUCUCCAAGUUGAUGGAGCGUCGUUUCCCUGGUGAAAUUGAGUUGAGGGAUCUUGUUGGCAGAAAACUUGCCCACAGAGGAUUUGUUCAGGACAAUGUAGAAGAUCUCGGAUGGUCCUGCAUCUUUCUGCUUCCGUUCGUUCCUGAGGCAGACAAUAACACUUGGCAUGGGCUUCCAGAUUUAGAUGGCCUUCAGAGGUUGCUCUGUGAUGCUACAUUUGUACAAGUUCAAUAUCUUGGCGUUCUCUUCAUGGCAUUGGUAAUUGGGAGGUUCUGUGGCUCUGCCAAUGUCAAAGGUUCAGGUUUAGUUGGAGCCUGGAAGACAGCUGCGUUUAGAAUGUGA